UUGAGGAAUGUAAGAAUGGACGAAAUUGCAGAGAAUUCGGAAAAUACCUUUGCCUAUGUCCAAAAGGGAAAGCAGGUCAAAAUUGCAAAGAAAAUGACACAAUGACGGUUUUUAUUAUGAUCAGCCUUAAAAUUAAUAAUAAAAAGUGGAAAGAGGAACUUACCGACUUGUCUGACUUAGAUACACAAGGGUUUGUUGGAGUAAUCGUAGAUUCGGUGGAUGAAGAAUUCAAAGGUUCCGGCGUCAGAGAAGUUAAUGUGACACGGCUGAGAGAGGGAAGUGUCAUUGCAGACAUAUCGCUCACAUUUGGCGAGCCUGUUGGAGAAAGUGAAGUAGAAUCAUUUCUACAAGAUGCGGUUAAUGAUGGAAGCCUUGGUACUCUAAAAGUAGAUACUUUCGCCGUAGGACCAAGUCUUCCAGAUCUAGUCACGGUUCCCGGUCCAGUUCCAUCAGAACCAACAAAGGUGAAUAAAGAUGUUAUUUACGGCUCAGUUAUUGGGGUCCUUGGCCUGAUUCUCGCUGUCAUUGCCGUUUUCCUUGCCUAG